AUGCGCCGAAGGGAUAGUGACGCGCGCUUCAAGCGGGCGACACUCGUGACGGUUGAGGAAAGGGAGGCAUGGGAUGGUUCGAGUCGAUGCUGCACGGCCGAUGCGUUCAAGGUAGACUUGCAAGGGACGCCAGCAAAUGGGUGGAACAAAUCUGCGGCUCGAGUGUUUUGCAAGCAUUUCAGGGCGAGCAAACAAUAUCGAUGCAAAGACAAGGCGAAGAUCAUCUCAGCAUUUACGACGCAUCUCAAACAGCUUAAACGAAGGUAUCAACGUGCGAGUAUGAGCCAAAACGAAGUGAGAGAAAAGCUGCGUAGACAGAGUCGCGCGCAACGUAGGAACACACUGUUCUCUCAACGCCUAACAUCCGCGGUGCAGUACCCGCAACUUCGGCAUCACGUCGGCAUGCUCCGCAAGUUGGGUACGGACGGGAUGAGCUCCGACGAGCCUGAUCGUGAUAUCAGAGGACAAUUCCUCAUUCACGCACCGCCGUAUCGGUCGUCCAAGGUCACUGUUUGGCUCCGGGUUUUCGACCACUUUUACAGGAGGUAUAGGGAAUCUAAAGGCGUAGGACCAGGCUCAGGGAGAGGCGCCCUACCAAGAAUUCGUCUGGAUAGGGGCUUGUUGUCAGAUCGACCUGGGGCAGUUUCUGGCCUGCCAGCCAACUGUUACAGCCUCGAGUGGUUCGAAAGGCUCAACGAAUUUGAGAAAGAAGAUUUGGAGGUGGAUUCGGCGGAGUAUAUAUUGGAGCACGAGCCUCGAGUCAUGUCGUGA